UGUGUUCAUUUUGUUCACAAUUAAAAUAAAUUAAAGGUUCUAUAUGCAGCAGACUGUUGUCGAACACAUUAAGUAUGGAUGCAAUAAGCGAAAUUAAUGAAAAAUACUCGGCGCUGGAAGCAGAGAUCGACAGGCGGCUGGAAAAAAUCAAAGCUGAUGAAAAUAAAUUACAGAAAUUAGAGGAACAAAGAGCGAAAAAGACUUCGGCACAAUCAACUAAGGCACUCUCAUAUGAGGAAUCCAUUGAGAGAAACACGAACUUACUCAAGUCUUUGGACAUUGCGAAAGCGCGUUUACGUUCUCGCUCCACUUUCUCACCAGUUGAGCAAAUACUGGAAAAGGCCAUAGCGAAUUAUAAACGGGAAUUGGCAACGUCACGACAACAGUUAUCGUCACGCCUCGAGCAAGUGCAAAUUCACGAGUUGUCAUCGGGGGGACUAGACCCAACCAGAGCGGCUGAAGGAAGAAAGUAACGCGAGAAAAGGAAAGAACAACAUUGAAUAAUGAAACCAUAAAUUUAAUUACACUAUACAUAGUA